AUGAGUUAUAGAGGGAAAGAAAAAUCUUCCUCGCUUCCCUUUGAAGAUGAAGAGUUAUCCCCAAGACCAAAUUCCUUCGCACCUAAGAGAGCCGGUGGCCCUUCGUUUGGUAGAUCCGUAGGUUCCUUGAACACGAAAUUGCUAUCCUUUCUUUUGAUUAUAUGGAUCCUCACAAUACACUACUUCGAACGUAUAGUACCUAGGCAAACAAUGAAUGCAUGCCAAUGGGAAAAAUGGGAAAAAUGGGACGAAGACUCCAACGUUAAGAAGCAACAAACCGCUCCGCAUAGAAUAGCCUUGAUGCCAGACCCUCAAAUCAUUGACGAUCACACAUACCCCAAUAAGUCCAAAGCUUUCAAUUACAUUACCACUUUGAUUAGUGAUAAUUACCUUCGUAGAAACUAUAAGUUUAUGCAAAACAUAUUGGACCCUGACACUACCAUAUUUUUGGGUGACUUAUUCGAUGGUGGUAGAGAAUGGGUUGAAGACGAUGAGAAGUGGUUCAAAGAAUAUCAAAGAUUCAUGGGUAUUUUCCCCUCUAAACCUAACAGGAGAACCAUAAUGUCUAUCCCAGGGAACCAUGAUAUUGGAUAUCAGGAGAUCAAACCCAAGGUUACUAAGAGAUUUUCUGCGUUUUUCGGUGAAUUGAACAACUAUGUAGAGAUUGGGAACCAUACUAUUGUAAUGAUUGACACAAUUUCCAUGUCACACCCAGAUCCUGAAAUAUCGGCUGAACUGAAGUUGUUUCUUCAAAAUUUGGAUGAUCAAAUCAAUCCUCAAUUACCCAGGAUUUUGCUCACUCAUGUGCCAUUAUAUAGAUUUACCGACCAGCAGUUGUGUGGUCCACUUAGGGAAAAGGGCGAUCCAUUCCCGUUGCAAAAGGGAUAUCAAUACCAAACUGUUCUUGACUGGGAAGUAUCCCAAACAUUGUUGAAAACGGUUGACCCCGAUGUUAUAUUUUCUGGAGAUGAUCAUGACUACUGUCAAGUAAAGCAUAAGUUCAAUUUCCAGGGAAUUGAUAGAGUGGCCGAAGAAAUCAGUGCUAAGACGGUCUCUAUGACCUGUGGAGUAAAGUAUCCUGCCUUGCAGUUAUUAUCAUUGAACAAUCCGUACGAUCCAAACCCAAAACUGAAGUUGGCUGAUGAUUCGACGAGCAGCUAUGUAACAGAAAUGUGCUACUUACCACUGCCAUAUGUUGCGCUUAACUCAUACAUCUUCUUACUUUUGGUGACAAUUGGAAUAGUGGCGAUGGUAUACUUAUUCCCAGCUCUGCUUGUUAAACUAGCAGAUAAACUUCCAGUUGUCAUCUCUAAGAAAUUCAAGCAUGAUGACUUACCUCAGUGGAAACCGCUGCAGUUUCCUAAGAAUUCGGAAUUCUUAAGAUCCUUGAGCUUGGAAAGAAAUUGGAUUUCAUUUGGAUUGCAUGUUUUAGUAGCCAUUACUGCUGUAUAUUCAUUAUUUGGCUUUUACUAUUGGUACAUAUAA